AUGCUCCACAAAGCAACCAUGAAAGUGUGGCGACAUCAAACAUUUUCAGCAACAAGAGGCUUGCGACAAGUCAAAGAGCAAUUUGAUAAUGUGUUCAAGAGCCGACGAAUCGACAACAACAAGCACAUCUGGACAAUUGGGCAGUAUGACGCUGAAGGACCAGUCCCAGGCCCAGAAAAUAAUUUCAAUGUCGAUCCAAGCAAGCUUAAAACCUGUAUCUCUUCCCAAAAAGGCGCUUACACAACCACCAACGUCGAGCCCUUCAUUGAAUGGUGGAGAGAAUAUCAUCUGAACAGCCCAGCAGACACAGAGGUACUAUUGGACUAUGCUGGUGAAACCAUGGCGCAACACCCUAACGUGCAUGAGUUUUGGACCAAUUUUGCGGUGGUUGUUCAAGAGUACCAUUUCACUGAGCAGGAUUUGAAGCCAUAUUACAAUAUCAGAGACAGCAAGAAACCACAGUCAUUGAACAAGUUGUGUUUUGACAAGUUUGGUUGGGCAAAGCAAAAGGUCCCGGACGCGAAUACCAUAGCAUGGAUUGCAACUGUCCCCGCCCAGGCCGCUCCCGUGCUUAAUGUGGAGCUCAGAGUAGCAGAAUAA